AUGUUUUUCUACAAACAGCUUGUAAUCCUUGAUGUGGUCUUCUUUCAUCUGAAUUAUUUCAAAGGUGCCCAGUUCACAGAGCACGUCUCAGCAAAAGGACUUGUGGCAGUAGUAACUGGUGCGAACAGUGGAAUCGGACUUGAAACGGUUAGAGGACUGAAUCUUGCGAAAGCUAAGGUUUGUAGAUUCUCAUUCAUAUACGCAUUCAAAUUUUUGCAGAUGGGUUGUGACUCAACGCGUCUCAUCGACUUAAAAUGCAACCUAGCAGACUUUACCAGUAUUAGGGAGUGUGCAAAGGAAUUAUUAGAAGAGAAGAUCGACAUACUUAUCAACAAUGCUGGAGUGAUGAUGUAUCCUAGAUAUGAAAAAACUGUUGAUGGACAUGAACUCACAUGGCAAACCAACCACCUUGGUCAUUUUCUUCUCACACAUCUACUCCUCCCAGCUCUGGAAAAGGCUCCUAAAUCGAGAAUUAUCAUUGUUUCAUCCAAAUGGCAGCGAAUGGCAAAGGCAUUGGAUCUUCAAACUAUUGAUGAUAAGGCGAAGUUUGGAUUGUUUCAGCCUUAUGUAUGCAGCAAGUUAGCAAAUGUGAUGCAUGCUCGUGAACUUAGUAAGCGUCUUCAUAAACAAGGCAUUCACCAUGUGUCCGUGAAUUCUCUGCAUCCUGGUGCUGUUAACACCAACCUAAUCCGAUCUACUUUGGUUGCCAAAACACCAAUACGUCAAUUGAGUGCUCCGUUUAGAUGGCUGUUUAUGAAAACUGAUCGUGACGGCGCUCAGACCUCUCUUUACCUCGCCCUCAGCAAGAAAAUUGAUGGCGUCAGCGGAAAAUACUUCGAAGACUGCAAGUUGAGUACGGAAAACGAACUGGCGUUAAACGACCAAGCUUGUCAGGAUUUAUACAACUAUAGCCUUGAACAGUGUGGAAUUUCUGAGUAG